AUGGAAAUACAGGACAGCAGGAUGCGCCCUAAUCAAGCUGGUUUCAGACCACGGCGCGGUCGUGCUGACCAGAUAUUCACGUCAAGAAGGGUGUUGGAACAUCGUUUCAGAUAUUUGCAACCCACUGUCACGUGUUUCAUCGACUUUGCGGCUGCCUUUGAUUCAAUUGAUGGAGCGGCGCUUUGGAGCCAUUCUGUUAAUAAUAAUCAAGAAUAG